AUGUUUGUCCAUCAGUCUUCUGUGGCCAUGCUGCUCUGGCUGGCCGGCCUCCUCAUCGUCCGGGUCGGGGCCAUCGAUCUCUACGACUUGCAAGGCGAGUGUGCGCUCGGACUGGUGAUUGUCUACGGGGCCUUCACUUAUCCCGGCAUUGGUUACCCGUCCACCUACCCGAUGCUCUGCCAGAACCCGGUUGCGGUCGUGUCGCUGUACGCGGCCAUGGCCGUCUACUGCGACGAUGCGCAGACAGCCGCGGGCCUGCCGAAGCUGGAAUUGCAAUGCACCGAGUAUGCCGAGGUCGGGAUGCUGUCGGCCGAGGCUGUGGCCGCAAACCUGACGCCCGAGGCCAUCGCCACGCUGCCGGUCUACGGCCAGGCCGACCUGGAGCCCGGAUCGAACGUGACCGAGGCCUUUCUGCCAGACCAGGCCUGGUACGAGAUCUCGUACAAGUCCAGCUACAACUUUGACUACGAGGAGAACCACCAUGCCUAUUACACGUACGCCCUUUAUGGCUUCUGGGGUGCCAUCCUCCUCUUUGGCAUGGCACAGAAUGCCGUCCGCCAGAUGGCCGAGAGACGACGAGGCCACGGCCGUGCCGACCUGGGGGGCUCUCAAGGCCGGCCGGCGACAGCAAGACCUGGCCUCGUCGGUCGUGUGGCUGCCCUGGCAGACAAGCACUUUGUGACGCCCAGUCUGCUGCCACCCUUCCACCAGAGACGUCUCCUGGGCUGCACGAUUCCCACGCGGGCUGUCGGCUUUGUGAUCGCGGCGUAUUGGAUCGUCAACUUUAUCCUGUCGUGCCUCCACUACCGCGUCUUUGCCGGAGACUAUUACUUCGCCACUGUGGCCUUACAGAUGUGGCGGUAUAUUGGCGACCGGACGGGCUACAUGUCUUACGGCAACCUACCGCUGCUCUGGAUGUUCUCCGGUCGCAACAACGUCUUCCUCUGGCUCACGGGCUGGAGCUUUACCACGUUCAAUCUCUUCCACCGCCAUAUUGCUCGCAUCGCCACCGUCCAGGCUAUCAUCCACUCCAUCGCCUAUACGGUCAUUUACUGCGCUCCCGAUGGAGGCUACCGAGAAGCAUACGACGAGUUCUGGUUUACGGCCGGUGUAAUCGCCACCGUGGUGAUGAGCUUUGCCGUCCUCUUCUCUUUCAGCGUCUUCCGGGCCAAGCUCUACGAGUCCUUUCUGCUGGUUCACAUCGUCCUGUCCGCCCUCCUGCUGGUCUUCCUGUGGUACCACACCAACAUCUUUGCCCUCAACAACUUCAACUACCCGCUGCUGCUACCGCCCGUCGUCAUCUGGGCCUUUGACCGCUUCCUGCGUCUCAUGCGCCAGCUGUACUGCAACGUCCACGUCCGCCGCGUCCGUGGUUCCGGCCGUCUGCAGCACACCCGCACCACCGUCUCGUUCAGCGCGGCCGCCAACAUCCUCACUGUCGAUGUGGUGCCCGGCAACGCUGGCCUGUCUGCUGGCCCCGGCCAGCACUACUACCUCUACCAGCCGCUGCGCCUUCUCGGCUGGGAGAACCACCCGUUCACCCUCAGCUACUGGAGCCCACCGGACGGCUCCUCCGCCGACAGCGAUGCCCACCUCUGCUUCUACAUUCGGCCCUACGACGGCUGGACGAAGACGCUGCGGCAGGCGUGCGUCGCUGCCGACGGGACCAUCCCGACCUCUGCCUCUGGCCCGGCCAUGUUCAUCGAGGGCCCCUACGGCCUCGCCGAGCCGCUGCACACGUUUGAGCACGUCCUCUUGGUGGCCGGCGGCUCUGGCAUCGCUUGCAUGCUGCCGUACCUACAGGAUCACGUGACGCGAGUCGCCUCCAGAAAGACGGUCACCCAACACAUCACACUCGUCUGGGCCGACCGCACCGAAGCCUUUAUCCGGCUCGUCGCUGACGGCCCGCUCGCUCGAAUCCUCGGCCGUGACGAUGUCGACUUUGACGUUUACCAGACUGGUGCUGCUGCCGUCUCCUCUACCUCUACGCACAGCAGUCGCGGCACCUCGACCGAGGCCGUCGAUCCCGAGAAGAGCGGCGCAGGCGGCGGCGUGCUCUCCCGCGACGAGAGCCUUCCGUCUCCCGGCGCCAGCACCCCGACCAAGCGGACCGCCAUCAGCAUCCAUGCUGGCCGCCCGGACGUGGAGUCGUACGUCUGCAGGACGAGCGCUGCCCUCCAGGACACAGACGCGCGCCUGGCUGUCAUGGUGUGCGGCCCGGCACAGCUCUCCGACAGCGUGCGCGCGGUGGUGGCGCAGUGCAUGGACAAAAGGCGCCGGUCGAUCGAGUAUUUUGAGGAGACGUUUGGCUGCCCGGACGGAGGAGGCGGCGGUGCCGCCGGCGGCGGAGGGAUGCAGGUGGCAAGAGCAAAGGCCGAGGCGCAGGGCCGCAAGGCCAAGCUGACCAGCUCAUACCAGGAGCUCCUCGACGAGUUCGCCAACAAGGACCUCAAGUCGGUCGGCAACUACACUCUCGGCCGGCUGAUAGGAAAGGGGUCCUUUGGCAAGGUGUAUCUAGCCUCCCACAAGCUCACAAAUGGGUCCAAGGUCGUUCUCAAGUCAGCCAAGAAGGAGGACUCGAAUCUCGCGCGCGAGAUCCACCAUCACCGACAGUUUGUCCAUCCACACAUUGCGCGGCUGUACGAGGUGAUCGUGACGGAGUCGAUGGUGUGGAUGGUGCUGGAGUAUUGCCAGGGCGACGAGCUGUACAACCACCUGCUCAAGCACGGGCGGCUGCCGGUCGAGAAGGUGCAGAAGAUCUUCACGCAGCUGGUGGGAGCGGUCUCGUACGUGCACCAGCGGUCAUGCGUGCACCGUGACCUGAAGCUGGAGAACAUUCUGCUGGACAAGCACGAGAACGUGAAGCUGGUGGACUUUGGCUUUACGCGCGAGUACGAGGGCAAGGCCAAUUACCUGCAGACGUUCUGCGGCACGAUCUGCUACUCGGCACCGGAGAUGCUCAAGGGCGAAAAGUACGCGGGCGAGAAGGUGGACGUUUGGAGUCUGGGCAUCAUCCUGUACGCGCUGCUCUGCGGCGAGCUGCCGUUUGACGACGACGACGACGACGUGACGCGGCGGCGGAUUCUGACGGAGGAGCCGGUGUACCAGGAGCAGCUGAUCCCACCAGACGCGCUGGCUCUGAUCCGUUUGAUGCUGUCGAAGCGCCCGCUGAUCCGACCGUCGCUGCCGGACAUUCUGAGCCACGCCUUCCUGGCCGAGCACGCGCCGCAGCAGCAGGCGAUGUUGAAGCUGCAGCGGCCGGCGCCCUUCUCGACCGGGCUGGAGAAGGAGACUUUGGGACGGAUGCGCAGCGCUGGCGUGGACAUUGACUCGGUGAUCGAGUCGGUGCUGGCGCAGCGCUGUGAUGCCCUGGCCGGCUGGUGGGCGCUGCUGAUCGAAAAGGAGCAGCGCAAGGAGGCACGGCGCGAGCGGAAGCGCAAAGAGAAAGAGCAGGAGCGGCGGAGCUCGCGCCGGUUGUCGGGGGCGUCGAGCCGGUUAGAGCGGCUGGCAACGGUGGGCGAAGAGGGUGGUGGCGGUGGACUGGGACUGGGACCGGGAAUUGUUUUUCUGGGUGAUCCACCAACGCCCAAGUCAGCACGAGGUCGAUCGCAGAGACGGAGCGGCGCAUACGAGCUGCGGAUCGAAGACUUUCCCGGACUCAAGGAGCUCGGGCAGCUGAACGACGUCUCUCUGGAGCAUCAGCCGCAACAGCGACCGUCACAGCCACCACAGACACCACAGCCACAACCACCACCGACGCCGGUGGACAAGGACUCAGUCAGGUCGGCGAGCUCGUCGCGGCAUCGACGGCCGAUUCCGCCGCCAAAAGAGGGCAUCCUGCGCAGCGCACGGUCGCGGGGCUCGACGCUGCACCUGGUGACGACGACAGACGCGCUGGAGGCCGUGAAGGCGGCACAGGGUGGUGGAGGUGGAGGUGGAGGUGGUGGUAGCGGUGGUGGUGCCGGCAGCAGCAGACAUGGUCACGACGGAGACGACGACGAGCUGGACGAGGACGGCCAGCCACGGGAUCGCAAGGUGCGCAAGAAGACGUCGCAGGUGAUCAUCACACACUGGAAAAACAUGACGCACUGGAUCGUGGAGAGUGCACGACGAAACAAGGGACCGGGACGACGGGGUGGCGGCCACUCGAUGCCGAACCUGGUGUCGAAGCCGGGAAGCGUUGGUAAGGAUGGCAAGGAGAGCAAAGACGGGCGUGGCGACAGCAGCCCGCGACCGCAGACGAGCAAGUAUCCGCACUCGUCGUCGGCCGGGAUGACGGCAUCAAACACGGCCAGCCUGCCACGAAGCAUGAUUGCGAACGGGUUUGGCGGCAGAGGAGGAAGUCGAGGGGGAAGCAGUGGAGGAGGGCCUGGAGGGGGAAGUGGAGGAGGAGGAGGUGGUGGUGGUGGUAGUAGUGGAGGAAUUGGAUGUGGUGGAUGUGGUGUUGGUGGUGGAAAUGAUGGAUCAGCAGCGACAGGAAGUGGUGGUGCAAGCCUCUCGACGAUGCUGGACGCCAGUGGAAGUGCCAAUGGAAACACCAACAACGCAAGCGGCAACGCAAAUGCUCGAAACAGCAGCAGCCAGAGGUACAACAACAUUGGCGGACAGACAGGCGCCAUUUACAACAGCAACGGCCAGCCGCCACGGCUGCAGACGACGACAACGAUGACGACAAGCGGCAGCAGCGGGUCGUACAACCGGCAGUCGUUGUCGCCGUCACCGCUGACGCCACGAUCGACGGUGCGACGGCCGUCAGCAGCGAAUCAUGGGCUGCGAGGCCGCAAGUCGACGUCGUCGUCGGUGUCGUCGAUCCGGUCGAUCCACCAUCACCACCAACACUCGCACUCCAAGGCGUCGUCGACGAGCUCCAACGGGUCCGUGUCGACGGUGAUGUCCAAGACCCCGUUGCCGGCCGGCCGCUCGCCCCAUCACUCGGUCAAGGUGCUGCCAGCAACGCCGACAAUGACGUCGUUUCCGAGCAAUCUCCGGCUGGUGCGUGGGUCGAUGGGCGGAGGAGGUGGUGGCCGAAGCAGUCUCGGCCACUUCAACGAGGGUAUGCCCAUGGGCCGGCCUCCCAGCUCGCCGAAUCCCUUUUCGUUUGGCAGCAGCAGCAGCGGUGGCGGCACGCCGGUGAUGUUUGCCAAGCGCAAGCGCAACAUUUUCAAAGGGCCGAUGCUGGCGUUUGGGGGUGGAAGCAGUGCAGGUGGAGGUGGUAGUGGUGGUGGUCUUGGUGGUGCUGGGAUCGGCAUCAGCAGCGGUGUUCGGAUCAGCGGCGGUAUCGGCAGCAGCAUCGGGCUUGGUCUCGCAGCAGCUGGUGGCGGAUCGCAUUCGCGCAGCGCAUCGGCCAGCGGACUCGCACGGCUAUCGGGCGAGAUCACAAUUGCCGAAGAAGAUGAGGAGGACGGCGAUCUCGACGGCCUGGACGACGGCGAGGGCGACGGGGUUGAGGAGGUUGACGUCUUCACGCCAGUCGUGCAGCGACCGGGCGAGCUGGUCGAGGAGAUUUACGAGGAUGACGAGGAGGAGAGGACGCUGUGA